AUGGAAGAUGAUCAAGAGAACAAUGUGGAGGAAAGACCUCUCAAGCUCCUCCCUUCAUCACAACAGAAGGACAAAAUAUCCAAAGGCAAAUCUGCAAACUCAACUAUUGAGAUGCAGAUGUACCAUAAGAUCCCGGUGAUCAAACAGCACCUUGGCUCCCUUGGCUCCUCUGUCAAAUCCAGCCUCAGAAACCUGGGGGUUGUGUUUGACCAGGCCAUGUCUUUGGAGAUACACUCAAAACAGCUUGUCCGAAACUGCCUCUAUCACCUCAGGAAUAUCUCUAAGAUACAGGAGGCACACCUCAUUGUUGAGCAUGUGGACAAUGAACGGCUGGAGAGGGAGCAGAUAGAGAAACAGAAACAACACCUACUUGAGUUAAAGGACAGAGAACACUGGGAAGAUGAGUUAAAUGAACUGCGGCUUAUUCUAGAUGAGAAUCACACAGCAAUCAUCGUGUGGGAAUCUGAGUGCAGGGUGACAGCUAAGUGGGAUUGUUAUAUGCAUUGUGACAGCAGUCCAGACCCAUCUGUGCACAUUUUGUGGAGGGAGGACUCAGAAACCCAAAUCCAGCGGAUCUUGGAAAGCUGUGCUUUGGCUCUUCAGGCUUUCUUGAGGUUUAUCUUAGUCAAUUAACUAGAUUAUCUUAUGAGUGGGGGACCAGAGCCUUGUGUUGCUCAGCAGUAUCGAGAAACAUUCCUGUCACUACAGAGUCUCAUUCACUGGAAACUCAACCUGGCCACUGAGGAACUUCAAAAGGAGGUGGGACUGGGCUUCGAGCUACCCAAACCACAGGCUGUGAGUGACAUUGCUGUUCGGAUCCUCCACACAUGCUAUGAACACCUGUCCCACCACAGCGAGCGACAGAUUAAGGGAAAGAGGUCCAUGUUGGGAGAUCCAAAUGGCUCCACCACAUCACCAGCUGAAUCUGUGAUAGAUAACACUGAAAUGCAUAUGGUGGACCUGAAGCAAUACACACCCAUAGGCGGAGUCUUCUACUUUGAUGUAUGUGGUGUAGUAGAUGGACUACUACCACCACAGUCUCACAUUGUGAAGGGCUGGGAAAUGACACAGUGAUUAGAAACAGGUCUCCAGAUGUUACCCUAUCUGACAGAGCAGUCUCAUGUUCAGAGCUCUACCACAGGGAGGCUGGGUGAAAAAUGUGAUGUUGCAUCCCUGCCUGUAGGAGACACUGUAGCUCUUCCUGCAUCAAUAAUAACACUGGAGGAUCAUCAAGUGGCACACUGGGAUCCUAUUGGUUAUCAAUGGAGGACAGACUGCAUGUCUGAGACAUCUUAUGACGCAGAGGCCCGCAGCAUCUCCUUUCAGAUGAAUGCUUUUUAUACAUUCACAUUACUGCAGGAGUUCAAUGCUAAUAUGCCUUUCCAGUCAUGUGAGCUGAGCCCUCUGUCCCAAGACUAUGCAUUGUUUACAAUUACUGGAGCUCUCACUGAAGUCAGCAUCUCCAUUAAAGCAAGAGAGGUCCGAUGA